AUGGUAAAGUCGUACUUGAAGUACGAGCAUUCCAAGUCAUUUGGUGUAGUUGUAACCAACACUUCCAACAUCGUUUGGGCCGCCAAGGAGCGGGCUGGCACUGGCGCAGGACAAGCGUUUGUAGCGGCCAAUGAAGAUGUUAUCUGCUGGGAUGUCAAGAAGGGGGAACUUGUCAGCCGAUGGAGGGCCGAACGAUGUAGGUCGGUUGUGACUGCCAUUGCGCAAAGUAAAACAGACAAGGAUAUUUUCGCUGUCGGAUAUGACGACGGCAGCAUCAGACUCUGGGAUAGGAAAAUUUCAACAGUUAUUGUCAACUUCAACGGUCACAGGUCCGCUAUCACAACGCUCGCGUUUGACAAGUCGGGUGUCAGACUUGCCAGCGGUUCCAAGGACACGGACAUCAUCAUCUGGGAUCUCGUCGCCGAGGUCGGUCAAUUCAAACUUCGGGGUCACAAAGAUCAGGUAACUGGGCUUUUCUUCAUUGAGCCGGAGCCACAGAUUGAAGAUGAAGUUGGAUCAGUUGGCGUCACCUUGGAUCAGGACACUUCUUCGGACGGCUUCCUACUGACUACUGGCAAAGAUUCGCUUCUGAAGCUCUGGGACUUGUCAUCAAGACACUGUGUAGAGACGCACAUCUCCCAAACAAACGGCGAAUGCUGGGCUCUCGGUGUGUCCCCUGACCUGAGCGGAUGCAUCACGGCAGGCAAUGACGGAGAGAUGAAAGUCUGGUCUUUGAAUGCAGAGGGCCUGUCGGCUAGCUCUCGGCUAGCAGACACGCCAGCAGCAGGUCGUUAUCUCCUCGAUCGCGGAGUUCUUCACAGGCAAAGCAAGGAACGCGCAACAGAGAUAGCUUUUCACCCCCGGCGAAACUACUUUGCUGUACACGGUCUAGAGAAGGCUGUUGAGGUUUGGAGAGUUAGAUCCGAGACAGAGGUUCGCAAGAGUCUUGCUCGAAAGAGGAGGAGGCGUAGAGAGAAGAACAGGGAGAAGAACAAAAGUCAGGAAGAGGAAGUGGAAAACGAGGACGACGGCGCGGAAGAUAUUUCUGAAGCUGAUGUCAGCGACGUAUUCGCUCAGUACGUUAUUGUCCGAACCGGAGGCAAGGUGCGGUCGAUUGAUUGGGCAACGUCUGGCAACCAAAAGGAUCUUCAGUUGCUAGUGGCCACGACGAACAAUCAGUUGGAGUAUUACAAUGUUCCCGAUAGGAAAAAGGUCGAGCGCAAGAAGGACGAUAUACCCGACUACAGCCGUACUCUGUCGGUGGAACUGCCUGGCCACCGCUCCGACAUCAGAGCUCUGUCGAUAAGCUCGGACGAUAAAAUGCUCGCCUCGGCUGCCAAUGGAUCUUUGAAGGUCUGGAAUAUCAAGACACAAGCAUGUCUUCGAACGUUUGAUUGCGGCUACGCUCUCUGCUGUGCUUUUUUGCCUGGAGAUAAGGUUGUCGUCGUGGGCACCAAGUCAGGCGAACUCCAGCUCUUUGAUGUUGCUUCAGCGUCACUGCUGGAUAAUAUCCAGGCACAUGAAGGUGCAAUCUGGAGCCUCGGCAUUCACCCGGAUGGGCGAUCCGUCGUUUCUGGCAGCGCAGACAAGACGGCAAAGUUUUGGGAUUUCAAGAUUAUCCAAGAAGAGAUUCUCGGCACGAAGCGAACAAGUCCCAAGCUGAAGCUUGUUCAAUCCAGGCUUCUCAAAGUUUCUGAUGACAUUCUGAGCCUGAAGUUUUCACCGGAUGCCAAAUUACUUGCCGUUUCGUUGCUGGACAACACUGUCAAGGUCUUCUUUGUCGACUCGUUGAAGCUCUACCUCAACCUUUACGGCCACAAGCUCCCCGUGUUGAGCAUGGACAUCUCAUACGAUAGUAAGCUCAUCGUUACAAGCUCGGCAGACAAAAAUAUUCGAGUCUGGGGCCUGGAUUUUGGAGACUGUCACAAAGCCUUGUUUGGUCACCAAGACAGCAUCGUACAAGUUGCGUUUGUACCACACAAUUCCGACGGUAAUGGCCAUCACUUUUUCAGCAGCAGCAAGGAUCGGACGAUUCGGUACUGGGAUGGAGACAAAUUCGAGCAGAUCCAGAGGCUGGACGGCCAUCACGGGGAGAUUUGGACAAUUGCCAUAAGCCAUAGAGGGGACUUUCUCGUCAGUGCUGGCCACGACAAGAGCGUGCGCGUCUGGGACGAGACCGACGAGCAGAUCUUCUUGGAAGAAGAAAGAGAAAAGGAGAUUGAAGAAUUAUACGAAAGCACUUUGACCACGUCUCUGGAAAAGGACCUCGACGCGGAGGACGAGAAUGGCGAGGUCGCGGCGGCCACAAAACAAACCACCGAGACGGUCAUGGCUGGAGAGCGAAUACAAGAGGCCCUGGAGAUGGGCAUGGCCGACUUGAACCUGAUGAAGGAGUACGAGGAAGCCAAGCUGUCGAGUCCCAGUGCGCCGCCGCCUCAGCGCAACCCGGUAUUUCUCGCGCUGGGCGUCACCGCCGAGGCCCACGUCAUGUCGGUGCUACAGCGCAUCAAGGCAUCUGCAUUGCACGACGCACUGCUCGUCUUGCCAUUUGCCACCGUCCCCGUCCUCUUCACAUUCCUCAACAUCUUCGCCAUGCGAUCCAUGAAUAUCCCUCUGACAUGCCGCAUUCUCUUCUUCAUGAUCAAGACCCACCACAGGCAAAUUGUGGCCAGCCGGACAAUGAGAGCCAUGAUGGACGGGAUACGGUCAAACUUGCGAGCAGCCUUGAGGAGACAAAAGGACGAGAUGGGCAUCAACAUGGCAGCGCUCAAGGUUGUGAGCAUGCAACUGCGCGACAGCAGCAUCAAGGACUACGUCGACGAGAACUGGGAGGACGAAAGCCACGAGCGAAGCGCCAAGAAGAGGGCAUUUGUACAUGUAGCAUAG